AAGAAGGAAGGUGCUCAGAAAAAGGCUGCUGAACAAAAAACCAAAGUGCCAGAACCUAUUAAGACCAGUUUAAGCCAGCCCCAACCUGCCGGUACCGGUACCAGUACUUCCACCAGCACUAUUACCAACAGCAGCAAUGGCAAGCGCGCGUCUGCCAACGGGCAGCAGCCGGCUGCGUCCCGAUACCUGCCUCGAGAGGUGCCUCCACGCUUCCGCCAGCAAGAACAGAAGCAGCUCCUAAAGCGGGGGCAGCCGCUGCCCGCCGGGACUCUGAGCGGCACCAGCCCCGCGCCAGGCGCGGCGCCAGCAGGGGCCAGUCCUCCUCCGCAGCAGGGAGCGGGUGGACAGCAUCAUCCCAGUAAGACCCAACCAGAUCUCAGCCACAGUGGAUUGGGAGACCAUUAUGAGAAUUCCCACUGGGGACAGCAGCCCGCUUUCAGGAGUGAAGGCAACUGCAGCUGGGAUAAAGUGAUAAUAGACAGGACUGACAAGGAAGCGUGGCCUUCCAUAACCGGAGCUGAGACUGAGUCUGCCUCAGAAUGUACUACAGACACUGACUCUGCCUCCAACUGUGGCUCAGAGAACAGUAGCAUGGCUACAGGGAGUGCCCAAGGCAACUUCACUGGACAUACAAAGAAAACUAAUGGCAAUAAUGGCGCCAACGGAGCACUCGUCCAAAGCACUUCUAACCAGAGUGCCCUUGGAGCUGGUGGAGCAAACGGCAACGGCAGCUCGGCCAGGGUGUGGGGGGUGGCUGCAGGCUCCAGCUCUGGCCUAGCUCACUGCUCUGCCAGUGGUGGGGAUGGAAAGAUGGACAACAUGAUGGGAGACGGUAGAAGUCAGAACUGCUGGGGUGCUUCCAACUCGAAUGCUGGCAUUAAUCUUAACCUUAACCCUAAUGCCAAUCCAGCUGCCUGGCCUGUACUUGGACAUGAAGGAACUGUGGGAGCAGGCAACCCUUCCAGUAUUUGCAGUCCAGUCAGUGCCAUAGGUCAGAACAUGGGCAACCAGAAUGGGAACCCAACAGGCACCUUGGGUGCUUGGGGAAACUUGCUGCCGCAAGAGAGCACAGAACCACAAACGUCCACUUCUCAGAAUGUGUCUUUCAGCGUACAACCUCAGAACCUUAACACUGAUGGACCAAAUAACACUAACCCCAUGAACUCUUCACCAAACCCUAUCAAUGCAAUGCAGACAAACGGACUGCCGAACUGGGGGAUGGCUGUUGGCAUGGGGGCCAUCAUCCCGCCCCACCUGCAAGGCCUUCCUGGUGCUAACGGAACAUCGGUUUCUCAAGUCAGUGGGGGCAGUGGUGAAGGAAUGGGCAGUUCAGUGUGGGGGAUGUCCCCAGGUAAUCCUGCCACAGGAAACAGCAAUUCUGGGUUCAGUCAGGGGAAUGGAGACACUGUGAACUCAGCAUUAAGUGCUAAACAAAACGGAUCCAGCAGUGCUGUGCAAAAGGAAGGAAACGGAGCGAACGCAUGGGAUUCGGGGCCUCCGUCCGGUCCCGGGGUCCUGGCGUGGGGCAGGGGCGGUGGCAGCAGCGGUGUUGGUGGUGUGCAUUCUGGAGCUUGGGGCCACCCCAACCGUAACACCAGCAACGGUGUCAACGGGGAGUGGGGCAAGCCCCCAAACCAGCAUUCCAAUAGCGACAUCAAUGGGAAAGGAUCAACAGGGUGGGAUAGCUCUAGUGUUACCAGUCCGAACCCUGCCAUGCAGCAGGGCAAUGAACAAAUGAACUCUUGGGCCAAAGCUGCAGCAUCUGGCACCACGGCUAGUGAAGGAAGCAACGACAGCGGUGGGAGUCAAAAUGAAGGCAGUACUGGGAGGGAGGGGGCUGGAGAGGGCAGGAGGAGAGACAAAGGGAUGAUAGACCAAGGGCAAGUUCAGUUGCCAAGAAAUGACCUUGACCCCAGGGUCCUGUCCAAUACGGGGUGGGGACAGACCCCUGUAAAGCAAAACACUGCCUGGGAAUUUGAAGAGUCCCCAAGGUCUGAACGGAAGAAUGACAAUGGAACAGAGGCCUGGGGUUGUGCAGCUACUCAAUCUUCAAACUCAGGGGGGAAGAACGAUGGGUCCAUCAUGAACAGUACAAAUACCUCUUCAGUAUCUGGGUGGGUCAACUCUCCACCGGCAGCUGUUCCAACAAAUACAGGUUGGGGAGACAAUAACAACAAAGCACCAAAUGGCCCGGGGGGGUGGGGAGAGUCAGCAAGCUCUACUACUGUUAAUAAUGCUGCUGCUGCCAAAAGCGGCCACGCUUGGAGUGGGACCGCAAAUCAGGAGGACAAAUCACCUACCUGGGGUGAACCUCAGAAACCCAAAUCUCAAAACUGGGGAGAUGGACAGAAAUCAAAUCCAAGCUGGACUUCCGGAGGUGGAGACUGGACAGAUUCAUCAUCUGUUCCUGGACACUUGGGUGAUGGGAAGAAGAGUGGAUCUGGAUGGGAUUCUGACAAUAGAUCGGGGUCUGGCUGGAAUGAUUCCGCGAGGUCUGGGACCAGUGGGUGGGGAAAUGGCACAAACAGCAAGGCUAAUACAGGUACAAGUUGGGGGGAAUCUUUAAAGCCGGGCCCCCAACAAAAUUGGGCUAAUAAACCCCAGGACAACAAUGUGAGUAACUGGGGAGGAGCUGCUUCUGUAAAACAGACGGGGUCAGGGUGGGUUGGUGGGCCAGUGCCAGCCAAACAAAAAGAGAACUGUGAGGCAACUGGCUGGGAAGAGCCAUCGCCACCGUCCAUUCGCCGCAAGAUGGAAAUCGAUGACGGUACCUCAGCUUGGGGCGACCCAAAUUACAACAACAACAAGACUGUAAACAUGUGGGAUAGAAAUAAUCCUAUAAUUCAGAGCAGUACCACAACCAACACCACCACCACUAGCACCAUUAUCAACACCAACAUGGUUGAACCUCAGCCAUCGCACCAGUCAAGUGCCCAGCCGAACCGGUCCCCGCUGCUUGGCCCAGCAGGCUGGGGAGAGAUGCCUGCUGUCCACACAAAGACCGAAGCUUCUUGGGGAGAGCCCUCGUCCCCUUCUGCUGCAGUUGAUAAUGGCACUUCGGCGUGGGGGAAACCCCCCAGCAGUGGGACCGGGUGGGGAGAGAAUCCUGCCGAGCCGGCAGGGACUUAUGGAAGAACAAACGCUCCAGCUGCUGCCCCAGCACUGUGCAAACCAGCUUCAAAAUCUAUGCAAGAAGGCUGGGGCAGUGGUGGGGAUGAAGUGAAUCUCAGUACUAGUCAGUGGGAAGAUGAAGAAGGAGAUAUGUGGAAUAAUACUGCUUCACAAGAGAGCAGCUCCUCCUGUAAUUCCUGGGGGAAUGCCCCGAAGAAAGGACUUCAAAAGGGCAUGAAGACAUCUAGCAAGCAGGAUGAGGCCUGGAUCAUGAACCGUCUGAUAAAACAGCUCACAGACAUGGGCUUCCCUAGAGAGCCAGCGGAAGAGGCCUUGAAGAGCAACAGUAUGAAUCUCGAUCAGGCCAUGAGUGCUCUGCUGGAAAAGAAGGUGGAAAUGGACAAGCGUGGAAUGGGAGUGACCGACUAUAAUGGAAUGGUCACCAAACCCCUUGGCUGCCGCCCACCACCAAUCUCCAAAGAGUCUUCCAUGGACCGCCCCACCUUCCUUGACAAGCUCACCCUUUCUUUCUCCAAUCAGGAUGGCGGCCUAGUGGAAGAGCCCACUACUUCACCAUUUUUGCCUUCACCAAGCCUGAAGCUCCCCCUUUCAAACAGUGCACUCCCUAAUCAGACCCUGGGCGGGAUUGCCUCAGGGCUGGGCAUGCAAAACUUGAAUUCUUCUAGACAGAUACCGAGUGGCAAUCUGGGUAUGUUUGGCAAUAGCGGAGCAGCACAAGCCAGGACCAUGCAACAGCCGCAGCAACCGCCAGUGCAACCUCUUAAUUCAUCCCAGCCUAGUCUUCGUGCUCAAGUGCCUCAGUUUCUAUCCCCUCAGGUUCAAGCACAGCUUUUGCAGUUUGCAGCAAAAAACAUUGGUCUCAGCCCUGCACAGUUAACCUCGCCAAUUAAUAAUCCUCAGCAUAUGACGAUGUUGAACCAGCUCUAUCAGCUGCAGCUGGCGUACCAACGUUUACAAAUCCAGCAGCAGAUGUUACAGGCUCAGCGUAAUGUUUCCGGACCCAUGAGACAACAGGAGCAGCAAGUUGCACGUACAAUCAAUAACAUGCAGCAGCAGAUCCAGCAGCACCAGCGCCAGCUGGCCCAGGCCCUGCUUAUGAAGCAGCAGCCUCCCCCUCCACAUCUAUCUUUGCACCCCUCUGCAGGCAAAUCAGCCAUGGAUAGCUUUUCACCCCAUCCCCAGGCUCCCGGCCUACCUGACCUGCAGACCAAAGAGCAACAGUCUUCACCGAACACCUUUGCUCCUUACCCUCUUGCUGGACUGAACCCGAACAUGAAUGUAAAUAACAUGGACAUUACUGGUGGUUUGUCAGUGAAGGACACUUCUCAGUCCCAGUCUCGCCUUCCUCAGUGGACACACCCCAACUCUAUGGAUAAUCUGUCUAGUGCUGCUUCUUCUCUUGACCAGAACUCCAGCAAGCACGGUGCUAUACCUGGAGGUUUAAGUAUUGGUCCUCCAGGAAAGUCCUCCAUUGAUGACUCCUAUGGCCGGUAUGACCUGAUUCAGAACAGUGAGUCUCCUGCCAGCCCACCCGUAGCUGUUCCUCACAGCUGGUCACGUGCCAAAUCCGAUAGUGAUAAGAUUUCCAAUGGCUCCAGCAUAAACUGGCCACCAGAGUUUCAUCCAGGAGUGCCAUGGAAAGGACUGCAGAACAUUGAUCCUGAAAAUGACCCUGAUGUUACUCCUGGAAGUGUUCCAACUGGGCCUACCAUAAACACCACGAUACAGGAUGUUAAUCGCUAUCUCCUCAAGAGUGGAGGGUCAUCCCCAACAUCAUCUCAGAAUGCCACGCUGCCUUCAUCGAGUGCCUGGCCGCUUAGUGCCUCCGGCUACAGUAGCUCUUUCAGCAGCAUUGCAUCUGCACCUAGCAUUGCAGGUAAACUGUCAGACAUCAAGUCCACGUGGUCCUCUGGCCCGAUCUCUCACACACAAGCCUCUCUGUCCCACGAACUCUGGAAGGUACCCAGAAACACUACGGCUCCGACGAGACCCCCUCCAGGCUUAACCAACACCAAGCCAUCAUCCACGUGGGGAGCCAGUCCCCUGGGCUGGACCAGCUCUUACUCCUCUGGUUCUGCAUGGAGUACUGACAGCUCAGGGAGAACAAGCAGCUGGCUGGUUCUUCGGAACCUCACCCCCCAGAUUGAUGGUUCCACACUGCGGACACUGUGUUUGCAACACGGCCCUCUCAUAACAUUCCACUUGAACCUGACACAAGGGAAUGCUGUGGUCCGAUACAGUUCCAAGGAGGAAGCAGCCAAGGCCCAAAAGUCUCUGCACAUGUGUGUCCUGGGAAACACUACCAUCCUGGCCGAGUUUGCUGGUGAGGAAGAAGUGAACCGUUUCCUGGCGCAGGGCCAGGCGCUGCCGCCCACCUCCAGCUGGCAGUCCAACACUGGAUCCACCCAGACCCGCCUGGGCUCCUCCGGCAGCUCCCACGGCCUGGUGCGCCCCGACACCGGCCACUGGAACCCCCCCUGCCUGGGGGGCAAGGGCAGCAGCGACCUGCUGUGGGGAGGGGUCCCCCAGUACUCCAGCAGCCUUUGGGGACCCCCCAGCGCCGACGACGGCAGAGUCAUCGGGAGCCCCACGCCUCUCAAUACUCUCCUCCCGGGGGAUCUUCUCAGUGGGGAGUCCAUCUAGGAAACGAGAGAGAAAACAAAAUGGAAAUAACAAUCAUCAGCACUAAAGGAAAAAAAAAUUAAAAAAAAAUUAAAAAAAAAAAUUGUAACCCUUUCCAGUCCCGGGCUUGAUGAAGAAUCCAGCUUUAACCCAUGAGACUGGCAGCCCUCCUUAGUACCUCUGUCCAAUAUCGAAUCCGAAACUGCAGAAGUCCUUGUGAACUGUUCCUGAAACAGUAUGGGCUCCUUUUUGGUCAGUGUCACAUGCUAAUGACAGGUUUUAUUGUUUGGUUGUUUGUUGUUUUUUUUUUUUUCAUGACUUUUUUGUUUUAUGUUGUCUUUUUAUGUUUGUAUGGUGAUUAUUUUUUUUUUUUCAAAACCAAGUAUAAAAGCUGCUUAGAAUAGGUCUAUCAUGAAGGGCACUUUUCAGAAUUUGGGCUGGAAAGGGUUAUUUUAUCAACUUGGAGUGGGGAAGGGGGGGUGGGAAGGGGAAAUGAAAGCCUAUUUAAAUGAGCCUGUGACUAUUAUGCACAUUACAGAGGCGGACCCAAUAAUCAGAAAGGGUGAAGUGUGAUAUUUACCAUUGGUACAGAAAAGUGACGAAUCCAAGUGGGAACUAUGGACUGUACAGGUUGAGUUGGGGUGGGGAGGGAGGGCAGGGUUGGGGUAUCUCUGUGUCCACUACUCCCAUGGAUCUGCCUAUGCACAUUGCCCUUGUUUCAUUACUUUUUCAUGUCAUUUUUUUUAAUCCCAAAAAUAUUAAAAAAAAAAGGUAAAAAAAAAUAAAAAAAAAUUAACAAAGAAACAAAAAAAAAUUAAAAAAAAAAAGGCAACAAACCAUAUCAACAUGCAAAUACUUGAAUCCAGCAGGCCAAUAACAAAAUGUGAACACUUUCUGAGUUGAAUUAUUACACUUCCAGGUCAGCAUCAGUACACAAAAAACAGGCUCUAAGAAUUUUUUUUUUUUUUUAAAAAAAGUUCAGACUCUAUGUUUUUGUUGGGACAGAUGUGAGUGUGCCUCUGUGUGUGAGUGUGCGAGUGUGUGUGCCCACGUGUGGUUUAACUCAACGUGUGAAGUUUUUCCUUUGAUUCAGUAUAUGCUUUUUAUUUGCUCAUUGGUCAAAUGUUUAAUUGUUAUUAGCUUCUAACUUUGCACUGAGUGUCCGCAGCCCUUCUUGUAGCUAAUCCUGUAAUGGUAAAAAUACAAAACAAAAAAAGGACAAAAAAAAAGGAAAAAAAAAAAAAAAAAAAAAAAAAAAAAAAAAAAAAA